GCAGCUUCCGGUGUGCAAUAUAUAACUUUCACUUUAAACGUUCAAGAUGCCGAAAGAUAAUUUGAGGGAUAAGCUUGAAGGAAAUGAGCUCGACCUAAGUCUCAACAAUUUAGAUACAGUUCCUGUUAAAGAAUUGGCUGCCAUUCCAAAAGCGACAAGGCUUGAUUUAUCCUGCAAUCAACUUGUAUCUCUACCAGACAAUUUUAGCUCAUUGACCCACUUGGUAAAGAUUGACCUCAGUAAGAACAAAUUAACAGAACUUCCUGACAACUUUGGAAACCUACAGAAUCUUCAGCACCUUGAUCUCUUAGGAAACCAGCUAACUCUUCUUCCCAUUAGUUUUUAUAAGCUGACCAAACUAAAGUGGUUGGACCUAAAGGAUAAUCCACUCCAGCCUGACCUUAAGAAAAUUGCUGGAGAUUGUUUGGAUGAAAACCAGUGCAAGAAGUGUGCAGCUCAAGUUCUAAAGUACCUCAGGGAUUAUAAUUCAGAACUUGAGAGGUUAAAACAAAAGAAACUAAGAGAAGAACGAGAGGCAAAACAACGACAAAAAGAUCAAGAAGAGGCAGAAAGAGAAAGAGUGCGACGAGAGAGAAAACAGAAGAAACUUGAAAACAAGAAGAGGAAGGAUGAAUCUGCAGCAGAGGGGGACAUGUCUUCUUCACCUGAUAAGAAACAUGGAGAGGGAAAGAAUGGAAACAUUGGAAGCAAAACAGACAGACAAAAAAAUACAGAUUCAAAAUCCAGAAUUUCAUGCCUCACCAUCCUUGCCAUUCUUGUGCUUUUGGUAGCAGUAAUGACUGGUGUGUUUUACACAACAUGUAAAGAUAGCAAGAAUGACGUGUGUGAACAUUACUGGAAACCCAUGGAGACCAGAGUCAUGGUUUUCCUUGGCAGUGUCAAAAGCAACACACAGGAGUUAAUUGAAAAAUUCAAAGAAACAGCACUAAAAUAUUACAGUAAAUCUUUUGGUAAUGAGAAGAAAACUUCAGAAGAUACAAAACUUCCAAACGAGACUGCUCAGACUUGAUCCUACCAUUUGUUUUUGACAAAGAUGUAAAGUAUUGGGCAGGCA